CGCAUGCGCAAAAGCGCUGGCGGCUCAAUUCCACCGUGUGUUCUAAUCGCCAUAACUGGACCGGAGGAUAGCUACGGUUAGGGCUCGUGGAGUGCCUGUAGCGGGGUGAAUCAGGAUGGGAGACAAGCCAAUCUGGGAACAAAUAGGAUCCAGCUUUGUUUCACAUUACUAUCAUCUGUUUGACACAGAAAGAACUCAGCUUGGAUCAAUAUAUAUUGAUACAUCAUGCCUUACAUGGGAAGGACAGCAAUUCCAGGGAAAAGCAGCGAUUGUCGAGAAACUCUCUAGCCUGCCCUUCACAAAAAUAGCCCACAGCGUAACAGCACAAGAUCACCAGCCCACUCCUGACAGCUGCAUAUUGUGUAUGGUAGUAGGACAACUAAAAGCAGAUGAUGAUCCCAUCAUGGGGUUCCAUCAGAGCUUCAUUCUGAAGAACAUUAAUGAUGCAUGGGUGUGUACCAAUGACAUGUUCCGCCUUGCGAUCCACAACUUUGGCUAAAAAGCACCAUGGCUGUCCGGGGGGGGGGGAACGGGGGAAGGUGGAGAAUAGGGCACAUCGCCCCCAGUGAUGCCUGAACCUCAGUCUGCCCUUCAUUCGUCUUUUGAGAUUCAGCACCGGAUUCCAAGAAGUCAAAUCACAGAUAACAUACCGGCACACAGUAGCGCCUCUGCUCCUGACAUGAGAAGUGUUUCUUUGCUGAAAGCCCACAGAUCCAUCAAAGCGCGAUCCCUUUCCCCUCUGCUGAUGUGCAUGAUGAUGGCGAGCUCGAAUAUCAGAGGACACUGACGUGGAAGAGACAUGUUUAACAUCACAUAAUUUCUACCUGUUAUUUCUAUUUACAAUUUAGUUCUUGAGUUUGACUCUAAAUUCAUAACUGUCUUAACUGGGUUCCUUUGUUUUAGUACUUAUUGUGUUCUCUGCUUGUUUUCAUAGUUUUGCUUCUUGGCACUUAUUUCUUCUUCCUCUUUUUUUUUUUUUUUCCUCUUGAACAUUGGAGCUUCCAUUCAUUGUGAUGUAAGAUUGCUCUAACUAUCCAAAGAAAUGUUAAUGUAAACACACCCCCUCCCCGAUCCCCCACCCCUUCAGACCAGUGUGCUUCUCACCUUCUGCUCACUGCUCUCUGUGACGAUAAUUAUCAAGCCACAAGACACAAUAAAACCUUUGACUUUCUUAA